CAUUUACACCUAAUGAACCAACAAAAAAGUGUUUUUUAAAACCAAAAUAGAGGUUUUAUCUCAUUACAUAUUGUGUAGAAUUGAAUCAUGAUUUCAUUUCUUUGCACCACCUAACUCCAAAAUUCAACCCUCUCCAACACCGAAGACCAAGAAAUGAUCACAACAAUGGAGGAUUCCAAUAAGGAGAUCACUUCGACAACGUUGGCAAGGCGGCCAAAGGGUGUCGUGACGAAGCAGUGGCUUGUGGUUCCGCAAGUGGGGAAGUCACGGAUCGAAGAGGUUGGGAAGCACUCGAUCAUGCGCAGGACGGGGAUUCCUGCUCGCGAUUUGAGGAUUCUUGAUCCUACGCUUUCGUAUCCGUCUACGAUACUUGGGAGAGAGAGGGCAAUUGUGGUGAACUUGGAGCAUAUUAAAGCUAUCAUCACUGCAAAUGAAAUGCUUGUUCUUAAUCCCAAAGAUCCUGGUGUUGCUCCUUUUGUUCAGGAUCUUGAGCUCAAACUCUGUAAUGUUAAUACUGGGAUUGACGGAAGUGAAAAGACAAUAGAGGACACACCAUUACCAUCUAAGGUGGGGGUGCCACAAGAAGCAAGUGGCGACAACAGUCCUAAAAUUUCGUUCAACACAUCAUCAAAGGUGGGCAGCUCAAAGGUACCACCUUUUGAGUUCAGAGUGCUUGAAAUCUGCCUAAAGUUUGUUUGUAGGUGUCUUGAAUCAGAGACGGGCACACUGGAGCUAGAAGCGUAUCCAACUUUAGAUGAGUUAUCAAUAAGUGUUAGUACACUCAAUCUUCAACGUGUCAGAGCUAUUAAGAGUCGUUUGGUUGCUAUAACAGUCCGUGUCCAAAAGCUGAGAGAUGAGCUUGAACAUUUGUUGGAUGAUGAUAUGGAUAUGGCGGAAAUGUACCUUACUGCUAAGCUUUUUUCUCCUCAAUUUGAAGAUUCCGAAUCAAAACAGAAUAACAUAGAUGACGAUGACACUGUCGUAUUAGAAGAUUACAGUGAUGAAGAAGAGAUAAGGAGCAACAAAAGUAGCAGUGGAGGAGGGAGUGGACAGAAGCCAAAGAUUUAUGAGUUGGAGAAGUUAUUGGAAGUAUACUUUGUCCAACUAGAUGGAGCGUUGAACAAACUAUCCACUAUGCGAGAAUACGUGGACGAUACGGAGGACUACAUCAACAUAAUAUUGGAUGACAAACAGAACCAGUUGUUGCGAGUAGGGGUUGUCAUCAGCAUUGCACUUGUAAUAAUCAAUUUUUGCAUUGUGACUGCAGGUGUGCUUGGGAUGAACAUCCGCAUCCCUCUCUUUGAUUUUGGAGUCCCCCUCCAAUUUGAUGAAUGCUUUGUCGCGUUGGUUGGUACUUUUUUUGUUUUAUUUGCUAUCACCCUCUUCACCAUCAAGAAAAAAGGACUGCUCGGAUGAUUGAGCCUUGCUUUCAAAAGGUCAAGUGAUACACUGUUGGUCCCCAAAGUAUGUGUUCUAUGUUAUUUUGAUUCCUAAUAUUUCAGUUGUGUCAAUUUGAUCACCAACUUAAUCUAUUUUUGUCCACAUUUAAACUGGAGAUCAAAUUGACACAACUGAAAUAUAAGGGACCAAAAUGAAACAGCGCGCAUACUUUGGGGACCAACAGUGUAUUUAAUCCAUGCAAUAAUAGCAGUAUUACACUUUGUAAUAUGAACAGGAUAGACCUCUGAGAAAAACAGUUGUAACUGGUGUGAAUUUUUAUUAUAGUAUGAUGCUGCUAAAAGUAGUUCCAAUUA